AUGUCGUACUAUGACAUCGACGCGAUCUUGACUGAUGCUCAGAAAGUUCCAUGCAUCUUUGAAAUCACAAUUCCUGGGCUUGGUUACCUGGAGGGAAACUCAAAUACUGAUAUUAAGCAAGGCACACGAGUAGAGCUUCCUCUAUGGCUUGGUGAAAUGUUAGGCGUAAGCCAGAGACUCGGUACAAUGACCAAUGUUGUGUCCCUCGACCUCCCUACGGCUCUAGGUCCCCGUAUCCAGAAUGCCUUGAAGGCGGAUCCAACAACCGUUGAUUUGCGUUCUCUUGCAUCACACUUUUACUCUCUUGGGGAGCGUAUUUUAAGCUUGCUGGAGGAGGAUGAGUUGGUGGAUAUAUUGACAGAGACGUUUAAAAAAAGGGCUGCGGAGAUCGCGGAUCAUGCACAUAAUCCCGCGGGCGCUAUCGGAGGUGGUGGUGGUGAUUUUUUGAAAGGGUUGGAUGAGAAUGAGAGACACUUGUUUCGGACAGCGCACGAGAGCGCAAAGGCCAUCAAGCAGUUUUUGGCAGACCGUAAUUCUAGCAAAAAAUAA